AACUUUCUAACAUCUCUUCCUCCAUUUCCACUUACCACCUACCAUGGAGGAUACAUUGAAACGAAAGCGGGUACGUCAGGCGUGCGACUUCUGUCGCUCACGCAAGGCCAAAUGCGAUGGUGCCCAGCCACGGUGCACCUCGUGUUUCCAGCAGAACGAGGUCUGUGUGUACACGUCGUCGAGCAAACGACGUGGCUUACCCACAGGGUACAUCCAUGGCUUGGAGCGUCGCAACGCACUCUUCCAGUCGUUACUUGUGCGGCUUCUCAAUACUGUUGAAACGACCCCCACCGCCGACAUUGAGUCAUUGCUUUUAAAGCUCCUCUCGGACCCCGAGGAACGGCUGGCUAUCACUGGAGGGUGUUCCAAGUUUCAGCGACAGUGGAAAGAGUCACCAUAUGCAGGGUUGUUUGACCAGCUCGUGCAGGAUGAGGUAGUAGCAGAGCCAGUCGAGAAGCGCAAGCCUGAAAACGUGGUGUUUCCGUCUUUCGACACUGAAGAAUGGGAGCCAAUUUCGCUCCAAUAUCAUGGGCUUUCGGGUUUAAUUUCCGGCUUUAGUGCCAAAACUAUCGCCCUCUACAACCAGCUGCUUGCCCCCGGAACCGUAUCGCCGUUCCGCGUGGGCUCCAUCUUCCACGUGCGCUCAUCUACGCUCAAGUCACCACCAGCAGAGAUCUUCCUGUUUCCGGCAAACGCGCGUAAGUUGGUAGAUGUGUACUUCCAGAUGGUACACCCGUGGUUUCCCAUGGUUAAUCGGUUCCCCAUCAUCCGUUAUAUCCACCAGUCUGGCGAAAAGCCGUUACAAGACUUUAACAUGACGGCGUUGGUGUGGACAAUCUUGGCGUUGGGCCAGGCGAGUGCCGAGGGCUACGUUGACGCGCUGUCAAAGUCGCUUGCCGCGUUCUACGCGCGAAACGCCAUUCUCUCUUUGGAAAACUCACCCGCGUCCACAAUUGAAACCAUCCAGUCAAUGCUCCUCGUGGGCUUCUACCACUAUGGCGCCGGAAACUGGGACUACUCCUGGGUGCUCGUAUCAUCGGCCUCUCGAAUGGCCAUCGACGUGCGGCUAAUUAAUUCUACUGAGCGCCUGGACGAGAACGUGGUGCUGAACAAGGUGGACUGCGACACGCGUGAACGCACCUGGAGCUCCGUCUACGUGCUCAACACACUUCUAUCAUCGCGUAUGGGCCGCUCACCGCUUAUCCGAGCCUCUGAUUGGCCCACACCGGUAGUUAACGAGGAUGGUUGGGAGGAGUGGGAUGCGUGGCGCGAGUAUGUGGCUGAUGGCCCCUGCCUUCUGUUUGACAGCGGACGAUGUCUCUCGACGCACAAUGCGCUCCUCCGCGUGAUGUCACUCGUUAAUAUGGCGAUUACAUCGUCGCUCGACGUUGCUCCCGCCCACAAGGACACGCUCCGGCUGUCGCUGAUCAGUGUGGAAUACGUAGAGCGGUGUCUCCAGGACUGGAUAAUCCACCUUCCGCCGUACUGUCAGCUCGACGCUACGCUGGUCGCCGGUGUGGCCAAAUCCCCCCCAUUUGUGGUGGGCUUACAUCUCAUCUAUAAUCUCACAUUGUGCAUUUUGGGUGUGCGCUUGGGCAGCUUGGAGAACCUGGAGUUCACGCGCCCGCUUGUCAUCCGUCGCGACCAGUGCUACACACGCGGCGUCUUGGGCAGCUUGAAUAUCUUGGAAAAGAUUUCCCCGGAGAAGUUUGCACAGAUUCCUUUCGUCGACUACUAUUUGACUUUGAGCAUGAGUAGCCCCGAGUUGCUCUCGCUGGACGCAGCCGUGAAGGAGGCAGUACUCGGAAAGUUUUCUGCUAUGUUGCAGCAGGCCAAGAGCGGGUCUGUUCCAUGCCAGAUUACCGCCAAGUUGAUGGAUAUCACUCGCUCCGGCAAGGGCGAAACGCGGCUGCUCCUGUUUCGCGACGUGCUCAAUCCUGUGCCCUCAGAGAUGGAAAAGGCGAAGGAUCCCCCGCCACCCGAACCCGUUCGUCCGUCGCUCUUUGGCAGCUUUGCACGCUUCGACGAUCAGACCGAGUUGGGCACGUUUGGUUCCAAGUUCAAAGAGACAACCACCUUUUCUCGCAACGAUCUUCUUGCCACGAUAAAUCCCACGCUUCUGCCAUUGGAUGAGCUGGCAGCGCAGUCAAUGGCCACGAAUGACGUGGUCACGAAUGACGAUUUGGAUGUGUUUAUGCUCGACACUGACUUCCAGCGCGACGAAUCGCGCGUAGAUCAGUUCUUGAAGAACUUGGGUUACGUUGGGGGGUCCAUGACGGCGUUGGGCAUGAACAUGGAGCUUCCAGAAGGCGAAAAUCAGGUGCAACAAGGUAGAUAGUGCAGCUAGUUGAUACUGGUCAUAUCAAGUAGAAUAUAGUAGAGUAUUGUAUGGAGGCUAGAAUGUACAAAGGGUUUAUCUGAUUAGAUGGUUCUCGA